AUGGGCGUUCAUCUGAGCGCCUCCCUCUGGUGGCCGCUGCUGCUGCUGCUGCUUUACAGCGCCACCUCCUGCUGCUCCGGCCGGCCCUUCGGGAUCCCGGCGCCCGCUGUGAACGUGGCGGUAGUCUUCAGCGGCUCGGCUUACCAGGCGGAGAUUAAGGGGCGACUCAGUCGCGAGAACUUCAUGGACCUGCCUCUGGAGGUGAACCCCAUCACUGUGCUGGUGAACAACACCAACCCCAGAGCGCUGCUCACUCGGAUUUGCGACACGCUCUCCACCAACCGUGUCCACGGCGUGGUGUUCGAGGACAAUGUGGGCUCAGAGGCCGUGGCCCAGAUCCUGGACUUCAUUUCCACUCAGACCGGCGUGCCCAUCGUGGGGAUCAGCGGGGGCUCCGCCGUCGUCCUCCCGUACAAGGCGGAGGGCUCCAACUUCCUGCAGCUAGGCUCAUCCAUAGAGCAGCAAAUAAAUGGCAUGUUCAAGGUAAUGGAGGAAUACAACUGGGACAGCUUCGUAGUCAUCACCAGCCUGUAUCCAGGCUACGAGACCUACGUGGAUUAUGUUAAGGCCUAUAUCGAUAGCAGCUACUUCAUAUGGGAGCUCCAGGAUGUUCUGACAUUCGAUAUGUCAGCCGACGCCACCAAUGACAUCCGAGCGCGACGUCUGCUGCAGCAGAUCGACGCCCAGGUGCUCCUGGUUUAUUGUUCCCAUGAAGAGGCCCAGUAUCUCUUCACCAUGGCGGCCGAUGCUGGACUGGUGGGGCCGGGCUACAUCUGGAUUAUUCCCAGUUUGGCCCUGGGCAACCCGGACAUGUCGCCACCCGACAGUUUCCCAGUGGGGCUCAUCAGCAUCAUCACUGACCGCUGGAGGAUGAGCCUGAGAAAGAGAGUACGGGAUGGCGUGGCCAUUGUUGUGAAAGGCGUGCAGAGUUACCGCAAGCAGAGGGGCUUCUCUCCAGAGGGACAAAACGACUGCCACAAUCCCGUCAAGACUAUGUCUACCAAUGAGACGCUCUUCAGGCACAUGCUGAACGUCACCUGGGAGCACAAUGACUUCUCCUUCAACGCCAACGGCUACUUGGUGAACCCAGCAAUGAACAUCAUCACUCUGGACCGAGAGAGGCAGUGGGACAAGGUGGGGACUUACGAGAUGAGCAUACUCCAGAUGAGGUACCCAGUGUGGCCCCGCUAUGGUUCCUACCUGGAGCCCGUUUCAGACUACAGGCACCUGACAGUGGCCACGCUGGAGGAGCGCCCCUUUGUCAUCGUAGAAGCCGUGGACCCCCUGACAGGAACCUGCGUCAGCAACACGGUGCCGUGCCGACGACAGUCCAACAAGACCGAGGCCAUCGUGGGCCACACCGAGCCGUACACUAAGCUGUGCUGCAAAGGCUUCUGCAUCGACAUCCUCAAAAAGCUGUCGCGCAAUAUCAAGUUCUCCUACGAUCUCUACCUGGUCACCAACGGCAAGCACGGCAAGCUGGUGCGUGGCAUCUGGAAUGGCAUGAUUGGCGAGGUCUUCUACAAACGUGCCGACAUGGCCAUCGGCUCGCUGACCAUAAACGAAGAACGCUCAGAGAUUAUUGACUUCUCAGUGCCAUUUGUGGAGACCGGCAUCAGUGUCAUGGUGGCCAGGAGUAACGGCACCGUCUCGCCGUCUGCCUUCCUAGAGCCCUACAGUCCGGCCGUGUGGGUGAUGAUGUUCGUCAUGUGUCUCACCGUGGUGGCUAUUACCGUAUUCGUCUUCGAAUACUGCAGCCCAGUGGGGUACAACCGCAGUCUGGUGACGGCUAAAGACCCCGGAGGUCCCACCUUCACCAUUGGGAAGUCGGUCUGGCUUCUGUGGGGAAUCGUGUUCAACAACUCAGUACCCAUCGAAAACCCCAAGGGGACCACCAGUAAGAUCAUGGUACUGGUGUGGGCCUUCUUCGCCGUCAUCUUCCUGGCAUCCUACACGGCCAACCUGGCCGCCUUCAUGAUCCAGGAGCAGUACAUUGACACCGUGUCCGGACUGAGCGACAAGAAGUUCCAAAAGCCUCAAGAGCAAUACCCUCCAUUUCGCUUCGGAACGGUGCCCAACGGCAGCACGGAGCGAAACAUCCGCAGCAACUACCCCGAGAUGCACUCGCACAUGGUCAAAUACAACCAGAAAGGUGUCGAGGAUGCGCUAAACAGCCUCAAGACCGGGAAGCUGGACGCCUUCAUCUAUGACGCCGCAGUGCUCAAUUACAUGGCGGGUAAAGACGAGGGCUGUAAACUGGUGACCAUUGGCAGCGGCAAAGUGUUCGCCACCACCGGAUACGGCAUCGCCCUGCAGAAGGACUCGCGAUGGAAAAGACCCAUCGACCUGGCCCUGCUACAGUUCCUGGCUGACGGCGACACUCAGAAGCUGCAGACCGUGUGGCUGACAGGCAUCUGCCGCAACGAGAAGAAGGAAGUUAUGAGCAGCAAGCUGGACAUCGACAACAUGGCGGGCGUAUUCUACAUGCUGCUGGUGGCCAUGGGCCUCAGCCUCUUGGUCUUUGCCUGGGAGCAUCUGCUCUACUGGAGGCUGCGACACUCGGUGCGAAAGUCUGACCGCCUCGACUUUCUCCUGGCCAUCAGCAGGGGCAUCUACAGCUGUUUCAACGGUGUGGAGCAGACAGAUCGCAAUGGCAGCAUCCAGAGUCCCGACGUCACCAGCAACUACUCACAGGCUAACAUGCUAAAGAUGCUAAAGACAGCCAAGGAUAUGGUGUCGUCCGCCCGAGUGGAGAACUCUCUGGACAGCGCCACCAAGACCUUGGAGAGCUGGAGCCGCCGGGGGACAGCCGACAACACCCGGGGAGGCCUCCCACCCCGCGUGGGCACCAAUGCAGAUGUGGCACACUGCCGCCUGCCCUACAUAGCCAGCAUCACCGACAACCACUCCCCAUACCCUGUCAGAAGCCGCACUCCUACGUUCCCCGUCCAUUAUGGAGACGCUGUUGCCCAGCCCCUAUUGGACAAACCGCGGGUGAUCACCCGGCCCACGCCACUGCGCUAUACACUCCCCGCCCGCCAUAACCUCUUAGAGAGGACACUGCCUAUCUCCAGCCUCAGUAGCCCCCACCUCGCCAUUCCCGAUGUGUCACCCAGCCCUUCCGUCCAGCCCCACCAAGCUAAUCGUCUCUACGUGGGAAACCCGGUUCGGCACCCAGCAUCCCCGUUUGUCACCUACCGGGAAAUCCAGGUCCCCAAUGUCUACAUGGAGCAUAAAUUCCCCCUGAGGAGGAAGCUGAGUUACCCCCCUGACUGUGGGGGCCGUAGGAGGCACAGCUAUGUGUUCGACGCACCGGACCUGAGAUCAAGGGCCGACUAUGAUGAGCCGCGAUCCUGUCUGGCUGAGCUGCGGGCCAACCAGCUAAUGAAAAACCAUGCCCCAGACACCACCCAGGGACACUAUCCUUGUGCAGCAACAGGACACUACCCGGGUGCUACACCGGGACAUUACCCAAGUGCCGCUGCCAGCUGUAACUCCUGCAUGAAGUCAUAUCCUGAACCCGAGAUGGAUGACGUUCCUCUGUUGGGCAAAGAUAAACUCAACCGCAGAGCCUCUUUCCUCAAAGCCACCUGGGGCAAUGAACGCAUCCGGCAGGUGGAUGAGACCAAACCGUCCACUUCCACGUCACCCCGCACCGACAUGCCCGACCUAUUUCCUCGGGUAGUGGUGCCGGCCAAUGCCAAGUCCCACAAGCUGUAUGGCAGCCUGGGGCACAACCUGUCCUGCUACCCUCUGGCUGCUGAACCUGCCUACUUGGACCCGGCUCACAUGGGGUCAUACCCUUACAAGCAGAAACUCAAGUACUCCGACACCACCCGGCUGCCGUCAUAUCGGGAGGCCAUACUGCAGAACACUGCCGGCUUGCGCCGGUCAUCGUCCACGUUGGUGCACAGACAAUACUCCACCUACCUGAACUCUUACUCAGACCUUCCGGUCUACGUUGCACCGCCCCCGACCCAGUUCUACAACAGCCCCAAAGACAUGUGCCACCUGUUCCCGUGCGCCACCCACUGCCCGGAACAUGCCAUUGCACGGCCCGUGGCUUACCAGAACAGUAUGUUUGGGGUCGAGCGGGAGGAGCCUAUUUUGGCAGGCAGGGAACGACGUCAGGUGUUGGUUGCGCGCCGGGUGAACAGUCCGUUUGUGCCAAAACCCUGGGGGAGGGUCUCUAGCCUGGAAUCGGAGGUGUGAAGAAAAAAAACAAAAUGAAUAAAAGUGACCACCACCAGUGUAUUUUGAGAGGUUGCCUCUCCGAUCUCAGUGCAAUAAAAACACAAGACAUUGACUCACUACUGGGAGAAACCAGGAACAAACUCUUUAAAAGCAUUCAACAAGUUAACCUCUGUCAUUUUUAAAUGCUGACACAGUGGUACCUUGACUGACAGAAGAUGUUUUUCAGGUUAUAAAAACUUGCCUGGUGGAAUUGUUUUUGCAGUUAAGGUCCACAGCUGAUGACAAACUUUCCUUGAAUGGGACAGUCAAAUACAGAAUGAAACAAGCCUACACGGCGCUACUGCAGGCCACGAGUGACAGCCUGACGCUCACAUGUAAAACCGACCAAAGUUCCUGAUGUCACACAUUAGGCCACGCUCCUUAAAGCCACAGUGACAACAAACAAAUACGAUAGUACGAAUAAAAAUAACACUUUUUUAUAAACACACUUUCUUUACAUUAUUAUGUUUUGGUAUGCAUUUAUGCAAUAGUGCUAUCUUUCUUUGUUAAAAUUAAUGGAAUGUGAAUUUCAAUGGAGAAAAUUGAGUUGAUAUCAAAGUAAGUUAUGAAUUCAACGAAACU